AUGUCCUACAACGGUAUCGGUCUGAAGAGCGCAAAGGGCUCUUCCACCUCGGGCCACGUCCAGAGCUCAUUGGCACAUAACUCCAGAGCUAACAACAAAAACUAUCUGGUGCGGAAACAGGCAACUGCACUCAAGAAGACUGUCACGCCCAUCAAGAAAAAACACAUCUCGAUGCUGGAGCACUCGAAGAAGAGACAGGCGCUACUGGAAACUGAACACUACAAACAAUCACUCAUCGCACACAACAAAUCAACAGGUAAGGACCCAGACAUGGACGAGAUUGAACAGAAAUGCAAAGUAUAUAAGCAGAAGUUACUAGAUGCACAUGAACCCAUCACUUACACUAGCAGAAUAGAUCGAGACCAGGACGCCUCCACAAAAGAAUCGAAAUAA